AUGAUCAUGGCAAAUAUAACCACAAUGAGUGGAUUCCUCCUUAUGGGAUUUUCUGACAUUCGUGAGUUACAGAUUUUACAUGCUCUACUGUUCUUGGUGGUGUAUCUGUUAACCUUAGCAGGUAACCUCAUCAUUAUCAUCAUCACCACUGUGGACCAGCAUCUCCAAACUCCAAUGUAUUACUUCUUAAAACAGCUUUCCCUCCUGGACCUCUCCUUCAUUUCUGUCACGGUCCCCCAGUCCAUUGACAAUUCUCUGAUGGACGAUGGCUAUAUUUCCUAUGGUCAGUGCAUACUUCAGGUUUUCUUCUUCACAUCUCUGGCUUGGUCUGAGGUGGCCAUUCUCACAGUGAUGUCUUAUGACCGCUAUGCCGCCAUCUGCUUCCCACUGCACUACGAAGUCAUCAUGGAUCCUAGUAAGUGCCAGUGGGCUGUGAUAGCUGUGUGGUUAAGUGGAAGUGUCUGUGGACUCUUGUACACAACAGCCACAUUCUCCCUCACAUUCUGUAAGGCCAAAAUAAUUCACCAGUUCUUCUGCGACAUUCCCCAGCUCAUAAAGCUCUCCUGCUCCAAUGAUUACCUUGCAGUGAUUGGAGUAGCAGCUUUCAUAUCUAUGAUGACAUUUAUCUGCUUCACCUCCAUUAUCUUCUCCUAUAUCCAUAUCUUCUCCACAGUUCUGAGAAUCCCCUCUGCUGAGGGCAGAUCCAAAGCCUUCUCUACCAGCCUGCCCCACCUCUUUGUUGUCUCAUUAUAUAUAUCCACAGGUAUGUUUGCAUUUCUAAACCCAACUUCAGAAUCUCAACCUGCUAUUGACCUUCUAACUUCUUUCUUUUAUGCAGUCAUUCCUCCAAUACUCAACCCUAUUAUCUACAGUCUGAGGAAUGAGGCCAUGAAGGCAGCUUUCAGAAAGUUACUGUUGGGUGGGCAAUUCACCAGGAAAAAUGCAUUUUUGUUCUUUUGUUGCUAA